CGCUUUCUUGGAAAAGGAGUCCGGCCCAGCUGAAAAGCAAGCUCGGCCUCUGGAGGAGGAGAUUCCGGAACUGGAGUCUUGUCUUUCCACAGGCUUCAGAGACCCAUCUAAGCACCAAUCAUGAAGACAUCCUCAAAGGAUCUGCUGACUCAAAUUUCUCAAUUCUGGAACCUCCUAGAUGAUCUAGCUGAGAGUGACCCUGAGCGUUAUAAGAACUUCAUUCAACAGGAGCUGAAAGAGGGAAGAGAUCUCUGUGAUGGCCCAGAACCACAGCUCUGUCUACAGACCAGGAUUCUAAAACCAAAAGAAAAAAUACUUUUUAUCAACCUAUGUCAGUGGAAAAGGAUCCCAGCUCCCCAAUCAGCUACUCAUCCAGUACCUAUAAGUGUUGGCAAACCAGAAGAUAUCUCUGAGACAUCAGAUGUUUAUAUAAUCAUCAAUGUUGCCUACAGUCCUGGUGUUCUCCAGGCAGCAGAAAAGGAUCAAGUAAAAACAGAUCAAUUAAUAAAGAUGGCCAUGAAAUGCAUUGAGGAGAGAUUUCAGUUCACUCUCUCACACUCUUACCAUGUUACUGAAUUUAGGAUAAAAGGAAGCAUUCAAAGAAUGAAACAAAAUUUGAUGGGAAUCCCAACUGGCAUCACAGAUUUAAGACAGGAAAUAAGAAAUGAGAAUAUUCUUGAACAGAUGAGCAGUACUGUGAGUGAGCCAGAUCACUUUCCUCAACUGCUACUGCCAAAAGAGCAAGUUUCAGACAAAGCAAGAUGUCUUAUAGAAGAGAUUUCUAGUACUGACCUCCAGGUGGAGAUGAAGACACCAGCCUAUGAAUUAAAAAUUGUGAAAGAUCAGAGUGAGAAACCUCUGAAAAUUGAACUGCAAGUUGAAUUACCUGGUGUUAAUUCAGUCUCUUUCUGUGACCUUCGUGUUUCUGAAGAUGAUUUACUGAUGGAAGUCUCUGAGAAGUACAGAUUACACCUGAAUCUUCCAAAAUCUGUUGACACUGAAAUGACAACAGCAAAAUUUAUCAGAGACAAAUCUACAUUAAUCAUCACAAUGCCACUGGUGUAAAACAACAGCAUCAUGUUUUGGGUUUAAAGUGUGAUAUGUUAUGUGAAUUACUGGACCAGCAUUAUCAGUAAAGAGGUAGUGGUUUAUCUUAAACAUUAACUCCACAUUGUUGAAGAGCUCCCUUUGCUGGGAUGGAAUUUUACCCUUCAUUUGAUAUAUGUUUAAUUUUUUCUUCUUCUCAACCCUGACAUCAUCCAGAAACUUAAAACAAGAUAGCCAUGAGGUGCUUGUUUUAAAGACUAUUGUAGCAAUCUUAAAUGACAGAAAAUAACAUUUGGGAAAUUUUUAAUUGUUUUUAAGUAAUAUAUGGGAACUCUUAGUUUAUGCUUAAAAAAAUGGAUCUCUAAUAAAUUUUUGCAUCAGGAGAAAAUUCCAGACUCUGCAAAAAAUUUCUUAUCACUAGGAUGGCCUAUAGCAGUGAAAACUUCCUGAAGCAACAAAGAAACUGGGCCAAAUAAAUCUAUGCUUCUAUGAACUUCUGUAUUCCAAUAAUACAGCUCUGCCCACCAUCUACACUACACAGCCAGACCUUUUUACCAGAUGGGGACUUGAAUGUGGAUUGGGCACAAUGACACUAACAGCAAUUGGAUGUGACUGCACAUCAUAAACAAAAUAUAGCCACAUCUCUAACUUGAGAAAGAUCUGACUUUGGGACAAGUGAGCUUCUCCUACACUUUUCAGCUUCCAUACCUCUCUUUGAAGCUAUAAAAUACAAAGGUUCCAAUAUCUAAUUUGUAUUCCAAUUUAGCAAUAUGCACAUCAAACUUCAAACAUCCUGAUUUUCCUAGAUUAAAAAAACCCACAGGUUCCUUUUAAUUACUAGUGUCUACUUCAAA